CCCGCAACCCCCCUCCCUCCAAAAAAAAAAAAAACCCGUAAACGCUAGCUAGCUACGUUACCCGGUCCCGGCCAGGCUGAGGCUGGACACCGACAGACACCGACAGGCUGGACCCGGAGGUCUCGGGAGCGACGCGGCGCACGUUUCUCUCGUCCCGAAAUACAUAACUCAAGGACUCUAGCAUGUGAACACAACAACCUAAGACAUGUGAGCCACUACACUUCGUUCCCACAUCUUAUUUACCCUAAGUAGAAGUAAACAAAGUGUUGUUUGACAAUGUCAAGCCGCCGGAAAUCCACCACACCUUGCAUGGUGCUGCCCUCUGAGGUGGUGGAGGAAAAAACCGAAAUGACAAACGAGGAAGAGGCAGAGGAGGAGGAGGAGGAGGGAAAGGUUAAAGAGGGAGCAGAGGAGGGGCCGACUGAAGAGGAGCUGGGUCGGGCAGUAGUUGUUGUGCCCACCCCUCCAGAUACAGAUGAGCCCAGUGUCUCCACUGUAGAAGACAGGGAAGUCCUUGCUCCCUCACUGAAGCGCAGCGCCACAAACCCUCCUGAGGAUCUGAGCAGCGACCAGCCGAUCCAGGAACAACAGUGUGACACACCCGAAGAGGGAGGCGCAGACCCUGCAGCGAUUGCGGCCAUUUCCCUCAGCAAGACCCCUAUUAUGAGGAUGAAGACCAAAUCUGAACCCAAAAGAAUCGCUGUUUCCCUGAAAUCAACAGACGAGGCGGUUGAGGGUUUUGGAAGGGGUGGCGAGGGAGAGGUAGAGGGCGAUCAAGAGCCCAUCGAAGCUCCUCUGGGGCCGAUGACGCCUGUGGAGAUGCUGCUGCACGACUCCAUGAAGCUCGGGGGAGGCGGCUUGCUGGUCAGCCCGUACUCAGAGCAUCAGAGGAAAGCAGCCACUUUAAACCCCACAGUUCUGCCUCCUGGCCUUGCACAGGUGCUUUCUGCUUUCCAGGCCCAGCAGAGUGCAGCAGCAGCUCAGCCUCAGCUGCUGAUUCCCCUCAGCAGCAUACCAUCCUACAGUGCAGCUAUGGACACCAACCCCCUGCUGGGCAACACAUACAAGAAGUUUCCUUACCCCUCCACGGCCGAGAUCAUCAGCCUGGCAGCACAGACACAGUUCACAGAGGAGCAGAUCAAGGUGUGGUUCUCAGCCCAGCGGCUAAAGCACGGUGUGAGCUGGACUCCUGAAGAAGUUGAGGAGGCCAGGAGGAAACAGUUUAAUGGCACGGUGCACACUGUGCCUCAGACCAUCACUGUCAUACCUGCUCAUCAACUCUCAGCAGCUGCAAAUGGCCUGCAGUCCAUUCUUCAGACCUGCCAGAUAGUGGGCCAGCCCGGCCUGGUGUUCACACAGGUCGGCCCAGGGGGUCACCUUCCAGUGACCAGUCCCAUCACGCUGACAGUGGCAGGGAUGCCCAGCCAGUCCCAGAGCUCCAGCAGAGUUUCCUGCCAGCCUACCCCAACAAACAGUGAGCUGAAACGGGCUACCACAAUCCAGCCUCCCUCUCUCUCUCCACAGGAGAACUCGGCCCUCAGCGCUGACACAUUUAGUUUGCGUCCCAAGAAGUCCAAAGAGCAGCUGGCAGAGCUGAAAGCCAGCUACCUGAAAAACCACUUUGUCACUGAUGCAGAAAUUUCCCGGCUUAUGAAGGUCACCAACCUCACAAAGGGAGAGAUCAAGAAAUGGUUCAGUGACACCAGGUACAACCAGCGAAACUCCAAGAACAGCCAUGUCAUUGUUUUCCAUGACGGAGGGGGCAGAGGAGUGGGCAGCUGUGGUAACAAUUCUAGCACCACCAUCAUUAUUGACUCAAGUGAUGAGACACCUACAUCUCCCCAUCCUCCACGCACUCCUCCUGUAAAGGAGAUGCGGCCCAAAACAUGGAAUCCGUUCCCAGAUUUUACUCUGCAGAAGUUUAAGGAGAAAACUCCGGAGCAGCUGGUGGUGCUGGAGGAAAGUUUUGAGAAGAGCAGCACCCCUUCAGAUGAAGAACUGAGCCGCCUGAGGACAGAGACUAAACUGACACGAAGGGAGAUUGAUGCCUGGUUCACUGAGAGACGUAAAAUGCCAGCUGUCAGUACCUCUUCCCCGGAUUCUUCAGAUGGAGGAAAGAUGGAGGCAGACAGCGCAAAAGCAGGAGGGGCAGGAGACAGUUCUUCUUCUCCUUCUGCCUCUUCUUCUCGUAAAGGUAGUCAGACACCUCCCGGCGGUCGCAGUAGGCAGCUGCCCACCAGCAGCAACAAAGACAUGAAAGAUAAGAGUAAAAAGACUCCAGAGCAGCUUCAUAUUCUGAAAAGUGCCUUUGUGCGGACCCAGUGGCCCACACCAGAGGAGUACGACCAGCUGGCAGAAGAGAGCGGCCUCCCUCGGUCCUACAUAGUCAGCUGGUUCGGGGACUCUCGGUACUCGUGGAAGAACAGUAACCUGAAAUGGUUCUUCCAGUACCAAAGUGGCAACGCCGAAGGGCCAAAUGGCGGAGGAGGCAAUAAAAUGGGAAGCAGCAGCAGCACCGGUCGAAAAAGACGUGGCAGAAACCGUGGGUGGGGGCGCUCCCGAACCAGAAGGCAGCCAAGAAGAUCUGCCUCCUCCAGUGCAGAUGUUGAAAGAUCUCCCCCUGCAAAGAAGUUCAAGACAGGGAGGGAGAUUCUGAAGGAGUACUACAUGAAGCACCGUUUUCUCAAUGAGCAAGACCUGGAUGAGCUUGUCACCAAGACAAACAUGAGCUACGAACAGGUGAGGGAGUGGUUUGCCGAGGUCCAGCGACGCUUGGACACCGGGUUAGAUCCCUUCCAGGAGGCGGCUGCAGGAAGGAUGGAUGGGGGCGAAGCAGGAGAGGGAGGGGAGACGCAGGGAGAGGUGGCUGUGGCUAACGAGGAGCAGACCGGCACAGGAGUGGGAGACGAGGAGGAUGAUGAAGUAGAUGAGGAGGACGACGGGGAUGAUACAGAUGACAGUGAGAGGUGCUUUGGCGGUGGAAAUAAACAGUUGGACUCCGAGUGACAACCAGAAGCGGUGACAUUGCCCCAGGUUACUUUAUUUCCAUAAAGGCAGCAGUCAGGGAAGAGAGAAAAGUAGAGAUACAGCUGUGGCUGGGAGAAGGCAUCAUUUUGAAAUCAUUGUCAAGAGAGAAAAAGCAGGCAAGUAAAGAUGCUGUGCAGUCUAAUUUUAAUCUCUUUGAUUGGACGUGUACAGUUAAACAUGGAUGAACAUCAAACAGCUCACUGCAAUGCAGAUACCUUACGGAUUGAACUGAAGGGGAAAACAUCCCAGUCAUCAGACUACACUGAUAGCGUAGCAUACAGUUCCGAAAGAGCUAUAAAUGAGGAUGAGGACAAUUGUUCUCACACCCUUAAGGAUAGCAACUCCUGGUGGAGUAUUGACCUGCUGGGUGUCUACAGCAUAAAUUGUGUCAAAAUCUUCAACAAACAACAUCAUCAUGCUGAUAUAACCGGUGCCCAGAUUUACAUCGGGAACUCUAGCGAGAAGAGCGGCACCUCCAACCGCAUGUUUAAAAACAUCAGUACCUUCAAAAUGGCAGCUUGGAAUCACUUUCCUAUUGAUCCAAAUGUGUCAGGCCGCUACAUCACUGUGUACUUCCCGAAAAACAUGUUUUUAAUUCUGUGUCAAGUGCAGAUCUUCGGCACAAUUAAAGAAUCACCCUUUUUGUUAAUCAGAGAGAACAAGACGUGGGAAGAUGCGCUGUACCACUGCAGGGACCAGAACAUGGAACUGGCUUCCAUUGUUGACGAAGAGACCCAGACCUGGGCUGAGUUGGAGGCCAACAAUUCCGACACUCCCUUUGUGUGGCUGGGCCUUCGCUACACCUGCGCCUUGAAUUUCUGGUUCUGGGUCGAGGAUCUGCCCUUAAAAUUCAAUCGCUGGGCACCAAACGGAAAGAUAGAAGAAUGUAACAUGAGUGGUGCCAUGGAGAAAGGAGGAAACCAAUUCUGGUUCAGUAAAUCCGCCACAAAUAGAUUCUAUUUCAUAUGCGCAAAGUAAGAGAAAUCAAUGUUUGCUUUUCUCAGCUCUUUCUUUUUUAUUUGGACAAGGCUCACUGGUGGCAUUGAUGUGUUAUGACAAAUCCUGCUCUAAUAUGUGGCGUAGGUGAUGGGUUCAGGCCCAGUGCAGCAGCUUUCCACAUAAAAAUUAUGGAAUGACGCAAAGGGCAUUUCCACUUUCACCUGAAGCUUAAUAUGGGCUUACAACAAAACAGAUGUAAUGUUUUUUAGUAAUGAACAGUUUAUUGAAAGCCACUACAUGGAACUUUAAUUUGGUGUUAAUUUUGGCGAUCCUGGUGGACAAAGCGGAAGUGUUUCUGAGCAACAGAGUCCCUUAGAAAACCUCUCAAUUUACUGCAGCCUGUAAUUUCAGGCUUUGUAUGCACUCACUUUAUAAAAUGUUAGCAGUGUGUUUACAGUAGUGUCAAUGUAUCCUUCAUUUUCAAUUCAUUAUACUUUGAUAUAUUGAUUACAUGAUAGCAAAAUUAUUUCGUGGUUCAUAGACUUUUGUCCAACUGUUUAAAACCUUUGUUAGAACAUCAAGAACAUUUUUUAUUCUCUUCUUGAAAUUGGCA